CUGUUCUGGCUUCUGGGAUAGCUGCACAGCCUGCAUUGGCUCCAUAAGACGCACACACAUUUCCCCUUAAUUUUUAGGAGGGAAAAAGUGAGUCUUAUAGAGCCAAAAAUACGGUAACUUUAUGCUGUCUUAAUUUACAGCAGCUUGCUUUCCUACAGCUUCUUGUGUCUGGGAUUGCUGCCUUCAUGAUUUACAGUUGAUCCUCCUCCUCCUCCUUCUUCACACAGCUGAGAUCAAACAAGUUUUUUGGGGUGGGAGACAAGAGGAGGAUUAUUGUGGGAAAGGACCGUGAGCUCAGCUCUGGUAUCAAAAGCAAAUUCCUGGGCUGAGCAUUUGCUCAAAGGCAGCCUUCUCCAUAGUUCUAUGAGAAGGUUUUCCAACCCGAGUCACUAUUGUGAACCUGGUUUCAGCUGUUAGAUUUUUGGGUUAAAGGUGGGGAAGCACACAAGUGGCUCUUAUAAGCUUGCAAGACCCUGUUCUAGAUAAUUUGUUUAUCUUGAAAUUGUGAUCUGGAUUUCAGCCAUGAGAUGGAGAUACUGAGCAAGUUCAACUUUAAGAGAGAGAGAAAAAUACUCUAGUUGUAGUCAGAUUCUAACCACAUCCUGUGGUCUUCCAGCCCUCAAGUUUAGGUUCCUUUGAACCUAAGGAAGGCAUUAACUUCAUUUCAUCAAGUCUGCUCAUAUUGUGCAGUUCAAGCCUAGAACUGGAUUGAAUGGAAAUUCCUCUGUGAUUCUUCCCUUCUUCAUCCCAGAAAAAUGUCUCUCCUGUGGACCUGGCCUGUCUUGAUCCUGGCGGUCUUAAGUAAGUGAAGGUCAAUUCAUUACCCACAGCCUAAAAAUUGUCUUGACACCUUUUUUUACUCCCUAGAUUCUCCUGCAACACAAGACUUUUACAUUUAUGACUUCACUUGCCGACUCCGAACUUUCAAACCACGAAAUGCUAUAAUCCAGAGGUAAAAAAAUGGACUGUAGCAUUUCAGGUUCCUGGCAAGGAAAACAACAACAAAAUGCAUCCCUGUGAUGCUAUUAUUCCACUGAUGGGGUGUUUCUAAGGGGAGCAUUCAGAAAUAUGUCAUCUCAGUUGUCAUCAGUUCUACUGCCUCGUUGCUAUUCUAAUCUUUUUCUGCUGUGUCUGUAACCAACAGCAAGAGUCAAUCGAUAUUCUAACUCAACAGAUCAACCUUCCCCAAAUUGAUACCCUUCAUGCAGCUGAGACUGAUGUGCACUGUUGUUCAAAACAUCUGGAGGGCACCAGAUGUUUAAAGUUGCUUUGAGGUUUUCCCAUGCGCCAAUGUUGGUUAAGGACAAAAAUCUGUGCUAUUGCUGUGUCUCAUUCAUGGGGGCACUUCAGAGGUUGCUGGACUACAGCUCCCAUCAACCCUCACUGAUGACCAUGCUGGCUGGGGCUGAUGGAAGUUGGAGUACAUUAACAUCAUGUGAGGGCUGCAGGUUCCCCAUCCUUGUUGUAUAUGAUGCACCAGGAACUAAGAUCUCCAGAGCAAUUCUGCUCUUGACCAUCAGCUCACCCACACAUCCAUCUACCCAUCUCACCUAAUCUCUCCUGCCCUUUUCUUCUCUGCAGAAGGGAGUGUUGGACAGUCAGUGGACCAAACAGAAGGCACUGUGUAUGUUGCCCAAAGAGAAAGGAUCUUUCUCAACUGUUCCUACCAAGGGAAUGUCUACUAUCUGUUCUGGUAUAUUCAGCAUCCAGGCCAACCUCUCAAGCUUUUCCUGAGUAGCUAUGACCCACGAGCAAAUGGGUCUCUUCUUGGCUUCAAAGCCGAGCAGAAGAAAGACAAGAAAGAUGAGGGGACCUUCAACAUGGAGAAACCUGCCAGCCAGCUGAACGACUCUGCUGUCUAUUUCUGUGCCGUGAGCGACACAGUGAUGUGGGCCAAUGGAGAAGCAGAGCAAAAACAUGCAGGUGCAAAUGAGACAGAAUGGAACAGGGACAUUCAGAAUAUAGUCAGAAUCCAGAGCUGCAAUCCUUUGCACAUUCCCCUGAAAGUGAGUUGA